ACAAAACAGUUAAGAACCUCUUCCUUGUUGCGCAUCGUGACAACAAUAUGAGCGACCAAUCUAGCACCAACAACCAGGCCCUUGCCGAAAAACACCAUAGCCCUGCUUUAUCCACCACGGAAGAACCCUCAACUGAGCGACCUUCGAAGGAGCCUGCUGGCCCAAGCCCUCCUCCCAAUGGUGGUAUUAUUGCAUGGCUCCAUGUUGCCGGCGGGUUCAUGCUCUUCUUCAACACAUGGGGCAUGAUGAACACCUUUGGCGUCUUCCAAACAUACUACGAAUCAGGGGCCCUGAUCCAACGCUCCUCCUCCGACAUCUCAUGGAUCGGGUCGGUUCAGGCGACAAUGCUUCUGAUGGUUGGUUUCAUCACGGGUCCUAUCUAUGACCGUGGCUACUUGCGCCCUCUGCUCAUCGCGGGCACCUUCGGCACCGUGUUUGGACUUAUGAUGCUCAGUCUGUGCAAGGAAUACUGGCAGAUCCUUCUCGCCCAGGGAUUCUGUGUCGGUAUCGGCGCUGGCUGUCUUUUUGUCCCCUGCGUCUCGAUCCUACCAACAUAUUUCUCGUCGAAGCUCGGUGCUGCUCUCGGUCUGGCGGUGUCGGGCUCUUCGCUUGGUGGAAUUAUCUACCCAAUCGUCCUGCAUCGCCUUAUAGGACCCCUUGGCUUCGGCUGGGCUGUUAGGGUUAUCGGCUUCAUCGCGCUGGGUACACUUCUCCUCCCCAUUGUUGUCAUGAGGCAGCGCGUUAAGCCGUCCAAGGCCCGGGCCCUAAUCGACUGGACCGCCUUUAGCGAUAUCCCCUUCCUGGUACUUGUCACGGCUGGCUUAAUUGCUUUUAUGGGCCUGUUCACGCUCUUCUUCUACAUUUCAUACCUUGGUUCAGCCCGUCACCUCACCUCGGAUGAUAUGGCAUUUUACCUAGUCCCGAUUCUCAACGCGGCGUCCUGCUUCGGACGAACCAUCCCUAACGCAAUGGCUGAUAGGUUGGGAGCUUUCAACAUAAUUGUACCUUGCUGCAUGAUGGUCGGGAUCCUGCUGCUCUGUCUUAUUGCCGUGACCAACCAAGCCGGAUUGAUCGUCAUCACCGUCUUAUCGGGCUUUUUCAGUGGCGCACUCAUCGGUCUUCCGCCGCUGUGCUUUGUCGCCAUCACCAAGGACAAGUCCAAGAUUGGAACGCGGAUUGGAAUGGGCUUUGGUAUGAUGGCUUUUGGUGUCCUUGCUGGUGGGCCAGGGGCUGGUGAUAUUCUUAGCGGCUCUGGUUCUAUGAACUGGACUGGAGUCUGGAUCUUCGGUGGUGUCAGUACCCUUGUUGCGUCGGUUAUUUUCGGUGCCUUGAGGAUUGUGAAGUAUGGGUUUGUGUUGCGGGUUAAGGCAUGAUGGUGGAUAUUUAUUUAUAUUCAUGGGUUCCUAUAAAUAGAGUGUUUAAUUGUUAGACGAUAGACUAGCAUCUUUUAGUGUGUGAAUAAUGUAUAUGAAGUGUCUAUUCAAG